UUGGUGCCAUAUCCCCGAAUCCACUUCCCUCUGGCCACCUACGCCCCUGUCAUCUCCGCUGAGAAGGCUUACCAUGAGCAGCUGACGGUGUCCGAAAUCACCAACGCCUGCUUUGAGCCGGCCAAUCAGAUGGUGAAAUGCGACCCUCGCCACGGUAAAUACAUGGCUUGCUGCCUUUUGUAUCGUGGUGAUGUGGUGCCCAAAGAUGUCAAUGCUGCCAUUGCCACCAUUAAAACCAAGCGCACCAUCCAGUUUGUGGACUGGUGCCCCACUGGUUUCAAGGUGGGCAUCAACUACCAGCCUCCCACUGUAGUUCCUGGUGGAGACCUGGCCAAGGUCCAGAGGGCUGUGUGCAUGCUGAGCAACACCACUGCUAUUGCAGAGGCCUGGGCUCGGCUCGACCAC